CCGUCUCUCUCUCUCUCAGACAGACAGAGAUACCACUCACAAGUCAGACCCAAAAGCCAAAAAAACACCCAGCUAAAAGAGCGAGCGUUUUCGGAAGACCUCUCUCUCUCUCUCUCUCUCUCGUUCUUGGAACCCUCAAUCCGCUUUGCGGGUUAUCGGGCUCCGGAUCUGCCACCCAUUUCCCAAACACCACCGCCUUUCUCGACCUCCACAAAUAACCUCACUCUGAUCACCACUUUUCAAACUUCCCUAAAAAACAGAGAGAGAGAGAAAGAGAGAAAGAACACGAACACACAGUACUAGCUGUAAACAUCAGCACAGCCUCUCUCCCUAAAAAACGAGGACUCUUGUUUGUGGAAAAGAGAGAAUUUUCUACUUACGCUAUAGUAUUGUUAUAUAGAAUCGUUUUAAGUGUUUUUCUUUUGUGGGUGAUAACAUGGCGGGCAAUCCGCCGGAGGGGCUAGGGGACGAUUUCUUCGAGCAGAUCUUGGCCGUGCAGCCGGCAUACACAAGCAGUGAGGCAGCGGCAGCAGCAGCAGCAGCUGGGUAUGGAGGGGGAGAGGUGGGUUCAAUGGCGCCCAUGGUGUUGCAGCUUGGCUCUGGCGAUGGUUUAAGAGGGAUGGGAUUGGGGAUGGGUAUGGCACCGCCUUUGGGGUUGGACUUGGAGCAGCAGCGGCAGGGUUUUUUGAGGCAGGAGAGGUUUAGAGAAGAGGUGGUUGAUGGUAAUAAUAAUUGUCACAACAAUACCAAUAAUGGGUCUUCUUCUUCUGCCAUUUCUGGAAUCAAUGAGAGAGACUCGGGGCAUAUGAGUUUGUUUUCAGCCUUUGGACCAUUGCAAGCCCAGGCAGUACGGCCAACAGCACCACAACUACACCAGUUUCAUAGCCAUCCAGCACCUGGGCCAGUUGUUGCUGCUCCACAUCCACCUGCCAUCCGCCCAAGAGUGCGCGCAAGACGAGGGCAAGCCACAGAUCCCCACAGUAUUGCCGAGCGGUUACGUCGGGAAAGAAUUGCAGAAAGAAUGAAGGCUUUGCAGGAGUUGGUUCCCAGCGCCAACAAGACGGAUAGGGCAGCCAUGCUUGACGAAAUUGUGGAUUAUGUGAAGUUUCUAAGGCUCCAAGUCAAGGUUUUGAGCAUGAGUAGACUGGGUGGAGCGGGUGCAGUGGCUCAGCUUGUAGCGGAUGUACCCCUAUCAUCAGUUGAGGGUGAGGGCAUCGAAGGUGCAACAAAUCAACAAGCAUGGGAGAAGUGGUCAAACGAUGGCACAGAACAGCAAGUAGCUAAGCUGAUGGAAGAAGACAUGGGAGCUGCCAUGCAAUUCCUUCAGUCCAAGGCCCUCUGCAUCAUGCCCAUAUCGCUUGCUUCUGCCAUUUUUCGGACACAACAACCAGAUGCACCAACACUAGUUAAGCCCGAAUCAAACACCCCUUCAUAGGCCCGAACAAUAGUAUGCGAUUGCACGUCUCCAUCGUCGACUCCCAGCACUCCUCUGGGUCCCAUAAUCCUGUAAUAGUAUAGCUCUUACUCAUGACAAUGGCUGUUUUAUAGUCUAGUUUCUAAUUGCUUGUUGGAGAAACAAUCAGGUCAGUACAACUGUUCAUUCUUUUUCCAAGUUUUGUCAAACUAGGAGUGGUUGUCAUGCCUAGAAGAAAAAGCUUGAGGCACUUGAUGUCUUUGCCACGGUCAAGUUCAGGAAAGAUUUUUCCAAAGCAGAAUUGAUGUCCUCCUUUUCUGGUUCCAGUGGUGGGGUUAGUGGUUGAUGACCAAAAUAUUGGUGGUAGGGACUCUUUCCUUUCUUUUCUGGAUAAUGGAUUGUGGGGUCAUUUAAAAGGUAUGGAUGGGUAAUAUUUUUAUGAUGUAUUUAGAGAAAAUUUUAGUGCAAGUUGAAAUAGAUUUGGUUGGUUGUCCAAUAAA